AUCUAAAUCUGUCGUGUAGCUAUAGUGGCAAAAUUAUUUUAUCUAUCUCGGAAUUGUAUUACCUAAAUCUCCCUACUCCGCCAAAACAAGCUGUAUUCUCCGAAAAACGAGUAUUCCCUGAACGCCUCAUGCUUGGUUACGGAACCACGUUACGAGACAAACCUUUACCGGCGCGUCAGUUCUCCUUUCCCCGGUGACGAGCGGUCGCAGUUUGACGUGAAGACAUCCGGGACUGAAGUGAUGGCAUUGAAGCUGGUCCAGAGACUUUCACUGGGGAUUCGACCCGGCACCGUCUCAUGUGCGGCCCAGCCCGUUUGCGUGGCCUGCGUCUGCACCUCAACGGGGCGCUGCAUUCUGACGGGAGGUUGUCGCCGGCUCCGAUUGUCCAGGAGUUCAGGAAGCCUGACCUCCGUGGUCCGAGAGCCCUCUUUCGUGGGUCCGCGUGGGGAGUCGGUCCCUCGGUUCCGCCUGACCCAGCAGCACGGACCCGUGGCCGAAGAAGAGGAGCGGCAUUUCCGAAGCCGUUUGAGUUCCUGUUUGUCUUCCGCCAAGGUCUUCAAGCUCCUGCGCUCGACGUCGAUGGUGUCCGAAGACGUGGCGGUGGCCGUCCUCCACCGCGUGUCUGACCUGGAACGGGAUGAAGAGAACCGCUCCCUGCGCGAUCCGUCAGUGCUGGACGAUGACGCCAUCCGAGUUCUGUGCCUGCAACUGGAACGGGACUCAGGCCUUUUGUCCGAUUCCGCUCUGGUGUCAGCUCUUCUAGCCUGCACACGUCUCUACUUGGACCCGUGGAGCACCUUGAUGGUUCGUCUGAUCUCUGAAAGCCAAAAGAGGCUGGACAGUAGCGGGCUGAGUGUGGACCAGCUGUGCAUCCUGGGCCAGGCCAUGCUGGCCAUUGAGGGCCCCGAGGGAGCCGUCUUAGAGGAGGUGAUGACGCAAAUCCAGAAUGUCAAACCUUCACGGUGGAGUUUAGAUGAACUGUCGUCAGUUUACCGGCUCCUACAAACCGGCGUGGCUCACGGUGGAAAAUACCGGGACCUCUUAAAUGCAAUGCACAGCCACGCCGUGACAGUCACGUCUUCCAUGGACGAGGCGGCUGUCAGCGGGCUCCUUGGCGCCUUGGUGGAUCUCAACCAGACACAGGUCGUGCCGCUGGUGAUCCAGCUGUGCAAACGUGCCGUCCGACAUGUGCCUCGCUUCACCGACGAGCAGCUGGCCACCGUCCUGGCCGCCCUCAUGCACUUCGGCCACAGCGACCGCUACCUGGUGGAGGCGGUGGAGCGGCGCGUGACGACCACCGCCUUUACGUGCCAUGCGGAAAUGCUCACCAAAGCCACACAGUUUUUGGGCCGCAGGAACAUCCUGUCGCCACCAGUGCUGGACGCAGUCGCUGAAAGUUUCGUGUACCGUGCCGACACCUACAGCACCGGGCAGGUGGCACGGCAGAUCGCCCCCUUCGGGAAGUUGGCGUACUUGCCGCCCAACGCUGGUGAACUCUUCCGGAAGAUCGAGGGCAUCCUGAGUACACGCUUCUCGCAGUUUCAGCCUCACACGCUGCUGGAUUUGCUGCACUCCUGCAUCUUGGUGGAGAGGUUCCCUGUCAACUUUGUCUCUAAGGUGUUCAGAAACUUCUUCCUCCAGCAGCUACAAGAGGAAGCCACUGUGAAUGACCGCUUCAUCCUAGCGCAGUUGACUCAGCUCUACAUGACGAUCAAAUUGGAGUGUCCCUUUUAUGAGGGCCCCCAGCUGCCCCCCAAGUAUCGUGUCAAGUCCUUCCUGAUCCCGGGACGAUCCCUGGAGACACCGGUGGACCAGCAACUGUACAACUCCGUAAAAUCAGGCCUGGUGGACCUGCUUGGCGCUCGCUCCUAUUUCAGCUCCAAAGUCUUGACGCCGUACUGCUACACGUUGGAUGUAGAGAUUAAGUUGGAUGAAGAAGGAUACGUUUUGCCCGCAAGCCAUGAUGAUGUUUUCAAAAGGAUAGCAUUGUGCAUCGACGGGCAGAGUAGGUUCACUAUCAACGACAGACGGCUUCUCGGCAGCGAGGGCAUCAAACAGCGGCACCUCAAGCGGCUGGGAUACGAAGUGGUUCAGAUACCCUUCUCCGAAUUUAACAAACUGCACAGCAAGGACAGCGUCAUGAAUUACCUGCACCAGAAAAUCUUCCCUCACAGCUACAGACUGAACUGGUGAUAAAGUAAAAAGUAAUAUCUAUGGAGGGUGAUUAAAAAGAAAUGCAUCACCACAUGGGAUUGUUUGAAAAAUACAAUUUAUUGUGUUCUGCAAGAAUAAAAGAGUUCCACCAUUGAUUAUUAUAAAAAGAAUAAUGAUGAAGUAGUUAGAUUUUUUUCUUGUUGCUUCCGCGGAGUGUCAGUUGGAUAAAUAGAAAGAUAUAUUACAUGUAAAACGUUUAUGUAGCGGGAAUCUGUGGGAGACCAAAUUCAUCCACCAAAACGCCAUCCUGGGAUGAAAGAAAAAGGAAUGAUGAAUGAGAGAAAUAUUUGAAAAAAGAAAAAAAAAAGUUUGGAUAUAAGGGAGGUACCCUGUUAGACUUUGAGCCAGGCAGGGCUUCGGGAAUGGACGGCGCCGUAGCUGCUUCGUCCAAGUAGGAGCUGUCGUCGUCCAUUAGGAACUCGUCUCCGAGGGCGCUCAGCUCUGUCAAACCAGACAAAAUGUGCACUUAAUGCCAGAUGCGGUGUCCUUGUGAAGAAAUAGGAUUCAAUACUUUCACAAAAUUACUGUGAUAUAUCUUACACGCUCAGUGCCUUUCCUCAGCACGUCUUCAAGUACAUUAUAUUUUUUAAUAUAAAACUUAAAGGAAACAAACUGAAUAUUUGAAUGUUUAGUUUUUGAAUAUUCAAAAAAUUUUAAAAUUUCAAUCAAAAGUGGGUAGCCUCAAAAAAAUUCUCAAGAGUAGCAUAACUUCAAAAUAUUACUCAAGUAAGAGUCAUCCCAAAAAAUGUACUCAAGUACAAGUAAAAAGUAUCUGGUUAAAAUACUGACGUAAUUAGUAACAUUGUGAGUAACUGCUUACGAUGUUUAUUUUUUUAAACUUUUUUUCUCAGCACAAAGUUUUGUUUAUAAACUAGGGUUGUUCCGAUCAUGUUUUUUUGCUCCCAAUCCGAUCCCGAUCGUUUUAGUUUGAGUAUAUGCCGAUCCUGAUAUUUCCCGAUCCGAUUGCUUUUUUUUGCUCCCGAUUCAAUUCCAAUCAUUCCCGAUAAUUUUUCCCGAUCAUAUACAUUUUGGCAAUGCAUUAAGAAAAAAAAUUAAUAAAACUCGGACGAAUAAAUACAUUCAACAUACAGUACAUAAGUACUGUAUUUGUAUUAUGACAAUAAAUCCUCAAGAUGGCAUUUACAUUAUUAACAUUAUUUCUGUGAGAGGGAUCCACGGAUAGAAAGACUUGUGACUUUGUAUAUUGUGAUUAAAUAUUGCCAUCUAGUGUAUUUGUUGAGCUUUCAGUAAAUGAUACUGUACUGUAGCCUAGUGUUGUAUCGGUCGCGAACGAUUC